AUGGAUAUAAAGCCAAAUACAGUACACUGCAUAGUGAACAACCUACACACCCUCUCUUCACAAGCAAAAGUGAGCAACGUACAAAUUGUCCUUGAAAGUUACAAAUGUACAAUAACACUCUCAAAAGACUCAAACCCUGAAAGUGAUCAACUCUGUGUCGAAAUCAUCUUACAGACGGUCGGAAAUAAAGACAAUAUACACAAAUUACCGGACUCACUCAAAGCAAACAUUGUAAUCGAAAUUGUCACCACCUACACUGACAAGAAUCUAAAAGAAAAACAUAGAACCGAGUAUGACAAGUUGAGCAAGAAUAAUGGGCAAGAUGUAUACAAAUGGAAGCUUUCAAAUCUUCACAAGUUUCCCGAAACAUCUUGUAUCGAUACUUCUCAUAUCAGUGUCCAUGUUAGGCUGGAAGAUAUUUACAGCCAGCCAUUGAAUCUUAUAUCCGAAACCACAUCUCUAUAUCCUAAUCCAUCAGACACAUAUGACAUACGAAUUAGAGUAAUUGAAGAUGAAAACGAAAAUGAGAACGAAGAAAAAGAAGAUGCACAAACAGUGUCAAAGAGUCGAAUGUUUUAUUGCCACAAGUAUCUCUUGACUGAUAUAUCUGAUUGGUUCAAAGACAUGCUUUUGAGCAGAUCAGACAGCACUGGUGAUCUAAAGAUAACCAUUCGAGGUGUACAUCCAGAUAUAUUUGAGAAGCUGUUCACAUUCAUGUAUACAUCCAGAUACGAUGCAAAAAGUGUCUAUGAAGCUUCACAGGUCAUCAAGGCAUCUACUCGAUUUCAAUUUGGCUCUAUUCGGCACCAAGCAUUCCAAUACCUACGGUCAAAUAUCAAUAACGAGACUUUGUGGAUCAUCUGGGAUUUGUCAGUCAGCUAUGGAUGCGAACAGGCUGUAUGUGCCUGUGAAGACUAUGCGAGAAAAGAAUGCAGAACCUUAUUAAGUGUUUAUGGAUGGCAAGAUCUGGACCAAGAAAGCAUAACAAAAAUGAUCUGUGUUGGCGGCCUACCUAUCAGCAUCACCAAGACUCUGUUACACACUACCCUUCUGGCCUGGAGAUCAAGUACUCUUAAUAGGAUAAUGUCCGAGUCGUCCAAGGCCAACAGUUCUUCUUCGGCUGGAUCAGAUAAAGCUGGGUGUAAUACCCAGAGGUAUUUCAAGGAACUACAAAGAUAUCCAAAAUCAGAGGAAGAAGUUGAAAAGGUCUUUUUUGAGAUAACCCAGCUUAUUUGUUCGAGUGAGAUUUCUAUACAUCGUGUACGAAAACAGACUAAAAGGGUUACUAGAGCAACCAUACCACCAUCUAGUAGAAAACUGGUUUUUAAACCAAUGUACUUUAAUAACAGUGGACCCAAGAAACAUUGCAAAUCAAGAGACUCUUGA